AUGGAUCCCGGAAAAUGCAGGACAGCAAAGCAGUGUUUGGAAAUACUGCAUAUUUUAUCAAACAAUGAUUCUGAUGCAGCAGAGACAGACAAUGACGAAUCUGGCUCUCAAGCAGACUGGGAUUGCGAAGAUGAAUCUUCCAGCAACAGUGACACCAAGGGCACAGGAGAUCCCAUAUGUCUGAUUGAAUCCCUUGUGUCAUGCGGUACUUCACUCCUUGCACUAGUUGCAAUGCCCUAUUUUGAUAUUCUGACCAACCUGUUCAUAUUAGGCAGUGUUUGUUUUUUCUCAUCAGUUUUUCAGGCAGCGUUCCAUUUACAGAAGAAUGCUUGGAAAAUAAUUUUCCCAAUUUGUUCUGUUGUGUUUGUGUUAGCUGGCUACGUUCUUUUAGGACUAGAUUACUAUAUACGAAAAACAUCGAUUAUCACUAAUGGGAAUUCUCCAAAUGACUAUUUGUAUGUUGGUCUUGGUAUAUUUGCAACCAUCUUGGUAUCCCUUAACUGGUGGGAAAAUUCAUUCCAAGCUAGUAAUAAACUGCAUAAUGCCCUGGCAGAGUUGGAAGGAUUCAGAGAUUUUGUAUUUAUGAUUUCUAGCAUUCUAAGGACAGCUGUUAUUGGCAUAGUGUUUGCAGUAUUUAUCACAGUCGAAGGUUUUAGCUGGUCAGAUUUUAGUAAGUUUUCAGCUGAUACAGUCCAACGAGGCGUUGGCCUUUUUCUAUUACAAGCUUUUGCCUCUGCUGUGUGCCACUGGUUUGGGGUGGUGGGCUGUAAAAUACAUGCUGUCCGCUGCAGCUUUGCUCUCCCUGUUGUGUUAACAACACCUGCAGUAGUCAUUGCAUUUGUGGUAUCCUUCUUGAUACAGUUCAACAAUAUCCUACAAAACAAUGUCAAUGCCACUAUUGGAGGGUUUUGCUCCGAUUUCUAUGAUUACAAACUUAUGAACACUUCAAAGCUGGUCUUGGAUGAAAUCUCCAAUAGCAUUUGCCGUACAUCAGUACGGUAUAACGAACCGUGGGGCCCUGCAGUAAUGGGUCUGGAAGGUCUGUGUUGGUGGGUUGGGCUGUUGUGUUCAACCUAUUACAUUUGGACCCAGAAAUUCCAGAGAAUAGAAAGAACAACUCAGAUAUUUGUUCGCCGACUCUAUGAAGCAGCCUUCAUUGAUCAAUCCUUGCUUUUAAACACCAGGAUGAAAAUCAUCAAAGUGAAAAAACAGGAGAAUAAUGAAAAAGUUGAAAGUUGCGUAAUUUACCUCUGUGCAACAAUGUGGCAUGAAACCUUUGAUGAAAUGUUAAAGAUCCUCACAUCAAUGUUCAGGUUGGACAGAUACAGGGGUGAUCCAAAAGAACAACAUAAAGAUAACGUUGAUUUUGAAUGCCAUAUCUUUGUGGAUGAUUCAUAUGAAAAAGAUAACAGUGUCAACAAAUAUGUGAAGGAUCUUGUCAGUGUUAUAAUAGAAGUUUACAGGGUAUUUACCAACAAGGAACCUGAUGAUGUGUCAAUAGUUGAAACACCAUAUGGAGGACGAUUAGCCUGUAUACUUCCAGAAGGAAAUAUGUUAUAUAUACAUCUGAAGAAUAAACAGUUGAUCCGUAACAAGAAAAGAUGGUCACAGAUUAUGUACAUGUACUAUUUGCUUGGAUGGAAAGGCUAUAUUGCUAAGAAUCCUCAAAGAUUACGGACAGUAGUUAACCCCUGUCGAGCAAGUCUUGUAUCAAUGAAUGGAAAUGCCUUCAUUUUGCCUCAAGAUGAAAAUGAUAACAAAAGAAAAAAUAUAUCAGAUGAUAACACAUAUAUCAUGGCAUUGGACGGGGAUACUGACUUUCAUCCAUCAGCUUUGAUCUUGCUGGUGGACCGGCUUCGAAUGUAUCAAAACGUAGGAGCAGCCUGUGGAAGAAUACAUCCAACUGGAAUGGGUCCUAUGGUGUGGUAUCAGAAAUUUGAGUAUGCUGUGGGCCACUGGCUCCAGAAGACAGCGGAGCAUGUUUUUGGUUCUGUUCUCUGCAGUCCUGGGUGCUUUAGUUUAUUUAGGGGAUCAGCACUUAUGGAUGACAAUGUUAUUAAACGAUAUACAACUACAUCAACUAAAGCCGGGGAAUAUGUCCAGUACGAUCAAGGUGAGGACCGCUGGCUGUGCACCCUGCUUCUUCAACAAGGCUGGCGAGUGGAGUACAAUGCAGCUUCUGAUGCCUACACCAAUGCCCCUCAGGAGUUUAAUGAGUUUUACAACCAAAGACGGCGCUGGGGACCCUCAACACUGGCCAAUACCCUGGACCUCCUGCACAGUGGCGCAGAAACAGCCAAAAAAAACAGUUCAAUUUCCAGCUUGUACAUAUUUUAUCAGAUAUUCACAGUUGGUUCAUCCAUUCUGGGUCCUGCCUCUGUUUGUUUGAUGAUAGCAGGUGCCUUUUCUUUUGUGUUCAAUUGGGAUGCAAACUUUGCUAUUUUAUUAAGUAUUCUUCCUCCUGCUGUCUACAUCAUAAUUUGCUACACAACCAAACCUGCUUUCCAGCUUGCUGUGGCUGCCAUUUUGAGUGUACUGUAUGCCUUUCUGAUGACUGCAACCUUCUUAUCUAUUAUAGGUCAAAUGGUAGAAGAGAACACCUUUAUCACACCGUCAGGCCUGUUCCUUGUGUCAGCCAGCAUUUUAUAUGUAACAACAGCAAUCCUCCACCCCCAGGAGUUUGGUCUACUUAUUUAUGGCCUGAUGUAUGUAAUUUGCAUACCAAGUGGGUACCUGCUGUUAUCUAUAUAUUCACUGGUCAAUCUCCAUAUUGUGUCAUGGGGCACCAGAGAGUCCAGCAGUGAGGUGGCUAAAGAGAAAACUAUGGGUGUUGUGUGUAACAAGAAUUGCACAAUGUGUUGCUGGGAUAUAAAAAUAGAGGUCAAUCAGGAGACUAAGAAUGUGGUCUUACAACAAAUCCAACAAACAAUUCAACCAAAAAAUAAAAACAAACAACAAAAUCUAAAUAACCUGCAAGAAAUCCAACUACAGACCCUCCCACAAGAUGAAAAUGAGGCAGCACCUUUCAAAAGGCCAUCAGCAUCCCGACUCUCCGGACAACACAGUGCCUCUCCCCCACCCAGCGAUAAAUCUGAUGACCAAUGUGAAAACGAAAAACACAUUCGCUUUAAGGAUCUGGAUGAGGAUAAGGAUGAGGAUAAGGAUGAGGAUGAGGAUCAGAAUCAGAAUUGGGAUCAGAAUGAGGAUCAAACUGAAGAUCUAUCUGAAAAUGUUUGGAUUAAACCAAUUAAAGAUGAAUUCCUAAAGAAACUUACUUACGCUAACUUGAAAAGGAACCUGGCAGAGCAAAUAAAGUAUGCACUGAGAGACAAAAAGCAUGAAGAUGUGUGUGAGGAAUUGGUUCUCAUGCUAACAGACACUUUGAAUCAGGAACUAUGUGACACAGUAGGUCCAGAAGACAUAUUACCUGACAGUUUGGUUGAAGAACUUAAGGAGUCCCUAAAUGAUUGUGCAAGAAGAAUUCUGGUAAUGAAUCAAGUGGAAACUCUGCAAAAGAGAGUAAGAAGAGCUAUAGAAAAAACACUGAUGGCUCCUCAGGUGGAAAAACUACCCGAUGAAGAACAUGACUUUUGGGUAAAGUUAAUUGAAAGAUACCUGGAACCUUUGUCAGAGGACAAAGCCCAUAAAGAAGAGGUUAAAAGGGAGCUGAAAUCACUUAGAAACAAGGCAACAUUCCUUUACUUCAUUGUCAAUAUCCUCUGGGUGGUUGCUACAUUUUUCCUUCAAGCCAUUGGGGAAGCCAUCAGUAUCAAGAUUCCCAAAGUCUAUCCCAAUGGCACUGUCGCAGAUGAAUAUCUCAAUGUGGAGCCCAUCGGACUGAUGUUUCUGCUGACUUUUGCAGUGCUGCUUAUUGUACAGUUUUUUGCAAUGCUGUAUCACAGGGUAUAUACCCUUAUCCACAUGGUAUCCUACAGAAGUACCGAAAAAGAAUACAAGACCAAGGAUUCUGAUGACGAAGAUGAAGAUGGACUGACAAUUGUUAAUAACCUUCCAUCUAUGUUUUCUAUCGAGGAUGACAUCCCAAUGUGAAAAUACAGAGUAGGAAUUAUUGUUACAGAUGUUUUCCGUGCUGAUGUAUUAGCUGUUGGGACCAGUAGUUUAUUUAUUUGUAUUUGUUUGCUUGCUUCAUUGAACUUUCUAGGGCAAACAUUGCACUUUACUUGAAUUCUCUAGAAUUUCAAAGACUUACUCAAAAUGUAAUAAUGAUUUAGAGGAAACAGGCUUUAAAAUGUUUGUACAUUUAAUGAUGUUUUAUGCAUGUAUCAAUGUCAUUGUCCGAUUUUAGCACCUUAUGAGCAGAUACUAACUAGUAGUUUAGAGAUUUCCUAUGUAACAAAGACGAUUUACAAGUUCUAUUUAUUUUAUCUUAUUUUAUGAUCUUGGAGUUUGGUCAGGGUUUAAUGUAUUUAUUUAUCAAAUUGGUGGAAAGGGAUCAACAAUCUUCUGUGAUAAGGGGUUAUAUUGCUCAACAGCUUUGGAACUGUGAAUAAAGUAAAAUAGUAAUUAUUAUUAUAAAAUGCCAAUAUAAUUCCAUGCUCAACACACACACACACACACACACACACACACACACACACACACACACACACACACAAUGAUGUAGUAGUAGGGUAUUCUCAAAUUUUUGAUGGAUGGGAUGUUCAGAUUUUUAUCUGGGUGAGAAAGUGCAAAUUAGAAACAGAAACCACCUGCAUGUGAAAUGAUUUUGUGGCUAAAAGUAGGAAUUGCGAAAGUUGAACCUGAAUCAACAGUUUGGUAAAUAAACUUCAAAAUACGUAUAAUUUAUAGCCCCAGCACAUUAGAAAAAAAAAUGUGUAUUGGUAUUUUAUAUAUAUAUUUUUUUUAAAUGCCUGGCUUACUUUAACUUACUUGAUAUUUGUUAGCUUAGAUAUUAUGUAUGUGCAUUGAAGCAGUUUUAUUUUUAAUUAGUUUCAUUAUUUUACUGCACAUUGUACCUCAUUGUAAACUAGGACUAUGUUUGAAAACUUUGUAUAGAUAAUAAAUCUGGCAUAAUUUAAUUAUUUGAAUGACUUAUUUGUGAUAUCUAUAUUGAAACCUAUUUUAGGUAUCCAGGGUAAUAUCAUUACUUUAAGCGCUGUUGGGCCCUAUAUGCAAUAGCCACAUGCAUAAUUUAUUGCUUUUGUGACUGGUACAAACAUUCCUAACAUGAUUCAUUUUGAUAAGGCCUUGAAGACCCAAUUUGAGAUGCCUCACUCAGGUAUCCACAUACUGCCCCAAUGA